AUGAGCACAAGGAGCCUGUUUCUCGUUACUGGAAGAAUGCUCAUUUCCUUUGGAAUCCUAAAUGUCAUUUUGGGAAUUAUUGCUUUCUUCCCUGUUUUUUCCUAUAAACCAUGGUUUGUUGGAUGGAGUGUUCGCAUUGCUUCUUCCAUCUGGAGUGGAUAUUUGGCUGUUAUUGCAGGUGUACUUCUUACUCUGGCUGAGAAACAAUGGACCUCAAGAUACCUGUGGCAGGCUGCUUUCACCUUUAGCAUCUUCAGUGUCAUCAGCUCUCCUGUCCAAGGCGCCAUUGCGGUGGCAGCUCUUCUUCUGGGCCCCUAUUGCUAUUAUUCUUUUGCUGGGGUUUCAGGUACAAACUAUCUCAGUUAUGCCAUUUCGUCACUUUUUCCUUACGGCAAGUUUGCUUCUUCAUGCAAAGAUCCGUUACAUUAUGAGUGGUAUCACCUGGUGCUGCAGAUUCUAGACCUCGUCUCAGGCCUUGUCAUUCUAUGUGCAUCUUUGGCUACUGUGGUCAAGCUCACAGCAAGACUUUUCCAGUUUGGACAUUUAAAUGGAGAAAGGAAUUAAUGGUGAUCUGAGACCUCCAAACAUCUGGACUGAGCUUCAUGGAGAUGCUUGAAUGUCAUCCUCACAACAGGAAUAGUUGCCAACUAAUUUCCAAUUAAAUGUACAGUAAACAUUUUUAAUUUAAAUGCAUAACUGUAUAGGAAUAUAGAUUCUUAAAAAUUCAGUUAGCAUUGUAAACCCUUGUAAACAAUUAGCUUCUGGCACAGAAAUCUGCAUUCCCCCCCCUAUUUUAGUUGUAUGGAAAAUUUGUUUUCAAGAUGGCCAUCCAGAUUCUUUUUAAACACAUCUAGCAAAGGAAAAUCCACCACCUCCUCAGGCAGGUCUGUUCCAUUGUUGAACAGUUCUUAUCAUUCAGACA